UUAUUGACCCAGAGAGUGAUUCCUUCGCUGACACACUGUCUGCAAGCACUUCACAAGGUAAAGUGAAUUCCAGAUACGGCUGUUGGGAUACUUCGGGCAUCAUGGAAGGGUGAAAUUGUUCUUGUAUUUUGUUUUCCAAGUUAUGUUUGUUCUAAUACAAUGAUGUGUAUCGAAAUUACCAUGGUGGACACAGAGAUGCCGUUUUGGCCCACCAACUUUGGGAUCAGCUCCGUGGAUCUUUCUGUGAUGGACGACCACUCCCACUCCUUUGACAUCAAGCCCUUCACCACCGUUGAUUUCUCCAGCAUUUCUGCUCCACACUAUGAAGACAUUCCGUUCCCAAGAGCUGACCCAAUGGUUGCGGAUUAUAAGUAUGACCUGAAACUCCAAGAGUACCAAAGUGCAAUCAAAGUGGAGCCUGCAUCCCCACCUUACUAUUCUGAAAAGACUCAGCUGUACAAUAAGCCUCACGAAGAGCCUUCCAACUCCCUCAUGGCAAUUGAAUGCCGUGUCUGUGGGGAUAAAGCUUCAGGGUUCCACUAUGGAGUUCAUGCUUGUGAAGGAUGCAAGGGUUUCUUCCGGAGGACAAUCAGAUUGAAGCUUAUUUAUGAUAGGUGUGAUCUUAACUGUCGGAUCCACAAAAAAAGUAGAAAUAAAUGUCAGUACUGUCGGUUUCAGAAGUGCCUUGCUGUGGGGAUGUCUCAUAAUGCCAUCAGGUUUGGGCGGAUGCCCCAGGCCGAGAAGGAGAAGCUGUUGGCAGAGAUCUCCAGUGAUAUCGACCAGCUGAACCCAGAGUCUGCUGAUCUCCGGGCCCUGGCAAAACAUUUGUAUGACUCGUACAUAAAGUCCUUCCCGCUGACCAAGGCAAAGGCGAGGGCGAUCUUGACAGGAAAGACAACAGACAAAUCACCGUUUGUUAUCUAUGACAUGAAUUCCUUAAUGAUGGGAGAAGAUAAAAUCAAGUUCAAGCACAUCACCCCCUUGCAGGAGCCAAGCAAAGAAGUGGCCAUCCGCAUCUUUCAGGGAUGUCAGUUCCGUUCCGUGGAAGCUGUGCAGGAGAUCACAGAGUAUGCCAAGAGUAUUCCUGGGUUUGUAAAUCUUGACUUGAAUGACCAAGUAACUCUCCUAAAAUACGGCGUCCAUGAGAUCAUUUACACGAUGCUGGCCUCCUUGAUGAAUAAAGAUGGGGUUCUCAUAUCCGAGGGCCAAGGAUUCAUGACGAGGGAGUUUUUAAAGAGCCUGCGAAAGCCCUUUGGUGACUUUAUGGAGCCCAAGUUCGAGUUUGCUGUGAAGUUCAAUGCACUGGAAUUAGAUGACAGCGACUUGGCAAUAUUUAUAGCUGUCAUUAUUCUUAGUGGAGACCGCCCCGGUUUGCUGAAUGUGAAGCCCAUUGAGGACAUACAAGACAACUUGCUGCAAGCCUUGGAGCUGCAGCUCAAGCUGAACCACCCCGAGUCCUCUCAGCUCUUUGCCAAGUUGCUCCAGAAAAUGACAGACCUCAGACAGAUUGUGACAGAACAUGUGCAGCUGUUGCAAGUAAUAAAGAAAACAGAGACGGACAUGAGUCUUCACCCGCUCCUACAGGAAAUAUACAAGGACUUGUAUUAG